AUGGCAGCAGAAGGUGCAGCAGCAGCAGCAGCAGACAUGCGCUGCCUACAGGCAGACAAAGACAGGGGGGAGCUUGUCGUCGCACCAGCUAGCAGCAGCAGCAGCAGCAACAGCAGCAGCAACAGCAACAACAACAGUAAUAACACUAACGGUAAUGGUAACAACAACACUAAUGGUAACAGCAGCAGCACCAGCAGCAGCAGCAGCACCAGCAGCAACAGCAGCAGCAGCAGCAGGCAGCGCUGCAGCAGUCUUGAUGGUCGUUACUGGCAGGUAGGAAACGGAAGAGACGCAGACGGCAGACGCCGCUCUCGUAGACAGCAGCAGCAGCAGCAGCAGCAGCAGCAGCAGCAGCAAGACGGAGACGGGGGGUCUGUCUCCGCUUAUAGCCCAGAGGGAUUAAGCACCCCUGAUGAUGCAUCUGUUAGCAGCAGAAGCAGAAGAAGUGCAACAUCGCAGCAGCAGCAGCAGCAGCAACUGCAGCAGCAGCAGCAGCAGCAGCAGCAACAGCAGCAGCAGCAACUCUUGAGGCACCGCAGCCGCAGCACUGGGCGGUAUGACUUAAAGACUCUUGAUUCCGAUCGAGAGCAGCAGCAGCAGCAGCAGAAGCAGCAGCAGAAGCAGCAGCAGCAGCAGCAGCAGCAGCAAACAGAGGAACCUAAGGCGCUGCAGCGGUCGCUGCGGCUGCGGCUACCACCUAAGAGAUUAGGGGACGAGGUACCUGCUGCAGCAGAGCAGCAGCGACGGCAGCAGCAGCAGCAGCAGCAGCAGCAGGCAGCAGAAUCUGAAGAUCGGCUGCGCCCACGCAGCGCCCGUUUGCUGCUGCUGCAACAACAGCAGCAGCAGCAACAGCAACAGCAACAGCAGCAGCAGCAGCAGCAGCAAGCUGCACAGCGGCCUCUCUCUCUUAGGCAGCAAGCACUAAGAUCCCGUCAGCAGCAGCAGCAACAGCAGCAGCAGCAGCAGAUAAUAGAUGACGAUGAUGAGGAUGAAGAGGAGCAGCAGCAACAGCAGCAGCAACAGGAUGAGGAAGGAGAUGAAGAUGAUGACGAUCCAGCAGCAGCAGCAGCAGCAGCAGCAGCAGCAGCAGGAGCUCGUUAUAGUCUACGAGCAAAAAGGCUAAAGAAGGAAGUCUUCCAUGCAGAUAUUCUUGCUAAGAAAAGUUAUAAACCUUUAUCUGCUGCUGCUGCUGCUGCUGCAGCAGCAGCAGCAGCAGCAGGAGGAGGAGCAGGAGGAGCAGGAGGGAGGAGGUCAAGGGAUAGCAGCAUAGGGGAAGCAGCGUUGCUGCUGACAGGAGACGACAGCACAGAAGAAGCAACAGAAGGAGGGGGAGGUGCAGCAGCAGGAGCAGCAGCAGCAGCAGCAGCAGGAGGCAGCAGCAACGUAGUAACAGAUUCAGAAGAUGACUUGCUGCUAUCUGACGGGGAGACAGCUGCUGCUGCUGCUGCUGCUGCCGCCGCCGCUGCUGCAGCUGCAGCUGCAGCAGCAGCAGCAGAUGGUGCAGCAGCUGCAGCAGCAGCAGCAGCAAGAAGAAGAGGAGGACCAGGGAGGCCUCGUCUGCAUCCCUUAGGUAUCCGCAGCAGCAGCAGCAGCAGCAGCAGCUAUUCUGUCCCUUUUGCUGUUGCUGUUCAUGAUAUUAAACAAAAACUUUAUAAAGAAUCUUCUCUAUUAGAGUUUGCUGCUCCAUUCAUGCAUUUUUAUUUGCCGCUGCUGCUGCUGAGCAGCAAAAGGCAGCAGCAGCGAGCAGCAGCAUAUACACAAUUUUAUAUUAAUUCUAAGACAGCAUUUCAGGAGUAUAUGCUGCUGCUGCAGCAGCAGCAGCAGCAGCAGCAGCAGCAGCAGAUGCAGCAGCAGCAGCAGCAGAUGCAGCAGAUGCAGAUGCAGCAGCAAUUGCAGAAUGAGCCAGAAGAUUCACAGUCCCAACAGCAGCAAGAACAGCAGCAACAAGAACAGCAGCAGGAGCAGCAGCAGCAAGAUGAGCAGCAGCAGCGGCAAGAUGGUGACAGCAGUGACGAGAGUGAUGAUGGAGAUGCAGCAGCAGCAGGAGCAGCAGGAGGAUCAACAGCAACAGCAGCAGCAGGAACAACAAUACCUGCUACAGGAGCAGCAGCAACAGCAGCAGCAGCAGCAGCAGCAGGAAGACCUGGUCUUGCUGCAGCAGCAGCAGCAGCAAGAAAACCUGGUAGGAGGGGCCCCCGUCGCCGCUUCCGUAGAGGGGGGAACUUUGCUGCUCCCCGUGUGGGGCCCCAAUUAGUUUCUUAUAGUAGGCAGCAAUUUACUGCAGCAGCAGCAGCAGCAGCAGCAGCAGCAGGAGCAGCAGCAGCAGAUAACGAUCUACGAGGAAGAAUAUUCUGUGGUUAUGAUGAUGAUACAAGACUUGAAUAUUUCCCUCUUCCUCCAUGGGGGCCCCAAGGGGGCCCCCAUUCAGCUAAGGGGGCCCACUGGGGGGCCCCACGUGCUGUACCCUAUCCAGGGGGCCCCUGGGGGCCCCUUAUGGCAGAAGGGAGGCCCCAAGAAUUGAGCUCAAGAUUUGGUGGUCUUAAAGAAGAUAUAAGAAAAAAGCUCACUGUGGGUUUAUCAAUAUCUGCUACUCGUUUAUGGUAUUCUCUUGCUGCCCUAAGAGAAUCAUCAGAUGUUGCUCGUGCUGUUGCUGCAACAAACAGCAAAGAGUUCUGGUUAGCAGAUAAUGCAUGCAGCAGCAGCUGCAGCAGCAGCAGCAGCAGCUGCAGCAGUAGUAGUUGGUGCAGCAGUAGUAGCAGUUGGUGCAGCAGCAAGAGCAGCUGGGGUGGUAAUAACAGCAGCUGGUGCAGCAGCAGCAGCAGCAGCAGCGGAUGGGGUAAUAGCAGCAGCAAUACCUGCACGUGCAGCAGCUGCUGCUGCUGCAGUACAGAGAACACAUAUAGACAGGCGCGGAGACAUCUUGCUGCUUCCUGCUGCAGCAUGCAGCAGGAGCUGCAGCAGCUGCUGCUGCAGCUGCCUCCUUAUAUGCUGCUGCAGGGAGGAUUAGCGCAUAGGAGGCCCCGUGUAGGGGGUAUAGCAAGACCACAGGAGGACACAGGAGCAGCAGCAGCAGCAGCAGCAGGAACAGCAGCAGGAUCUCCUGCUUCUGGUACUGCUGCUGCUGCACAGUCAACGUCAACAACUGCAGCAGCAGCAGCAGCAGCAGCAGGAGAAGGGCAGCAGCAAACAGAGAGUGCAUCUCUUUUCUUUGAUUCGCAGACAUUUGGGGUGUAUAGAGCAGCAGAAGGUAAUAAUUCAUCAACUGCUGCUGCUGCAGCAGCAACAGCAGCAACAGCAGCAGCAGCAGCAACAGCAGCAACAGGAUGGAAGAAACCAGCAGCAUCUUGGGCACUGCUGCGCCGUCUUGCUGCUGGUGGGGGCCCCCUUAGUCCCCUCCCUAGGGGCCCCGGUUGGCGUAUAACAUGGGGGGAGGCAGAGGCAGCAGCAGCAGCAGCAGCUGCUGCUGCUGCUGAUGGUGAUACAGCAGCAGGAGGAGGAAGCAGUUCUUACCAUUCAGGAGAGAAGCAAACAGCAGCAGCAACAGCAGCAGCAGCAGCAGCAGCAACAGCAGCAGGAGGUAUGCGUGAAUGGCAGCAGCAACGAUUAAAAGAGAAGCAGCAACUCUUACCUCCCUUACCACCUGGUGCAGCAGCACCAACACCAAACAGCAGCAACAGCAACAGCAGCAACAGCAGCAGCAGCAGCAGCAGCAGCAGCAGCAGCAGCAGCAACCCUUUCUCCUUAUCUGCAGAUUAUUUAGAUGUAUAUAAUGGUAUAUGGGGUACAACAGGGGCCUACUUAGUACCCUCAAUAAAUAAGCAUAAUGAUAGGGUUUGCUGCUGGCUACAGGAGCAGCAGCAAAGAAAAAGAACAAGGGAGGAAGCAAUUGCUGCUGCUGCUGCUGCUAAUAAUAAUAAUAUAGAUAAUAAUAAUGCAGCAGCAGCAGCAGCAGCAAAAAAGAAAAAUUUCUCCUUCAAGGGGCCCCCAUUACCUAAAAGACCGGACCCUGAAUAUUUUGUAUCUGCUGUAUGGGGGCCCCCCCCUCGGCAGCAGCAGCAGCAGCAGCAGCAGCAACAGCAGCAGCAGCAGCAACAGAACAAGCAGGUCUCAGGAAGCUCGAAGAAACGCAAGGUGCAACAACAACAGCAACAGCAACAACAGCAGCAACAACAGCAACAGCAGCAACAGCAGCAGCAGCAGCUACAACAGCAGCAGCAAGGAGUCAAACAGCAACCACUGCAACAGCAACAGCAGCAGCAACAGCAACAGCAACAGCAGCAACAGCAGCCGCAGCAGGGGGACUCUAUGCUGCAUGCUACUCCUGGAGGCCAAGGGCCUCCUAUGGACGCUCAGGAGCAGCAGCAACAGCUGCAGCAGCAACAGCAGCAGCAGCAGCAGCAGGCUGAACUCGAUGCGUCCUCAGGAGCUGCAGGAGGAGGUGCAGCAGCAGCAACAACAGCAGCACCAGCAGCAACAUCAGCAACAACAACAGCAACAGCACCAACAACAGCAACAGCACCAACAGCAGCAACACCAUCAACAGCAACAGCAGCAGCAGCAGCAACACCAGCAGCAACAGCAGCAGCAGCAAAGAAGUCUCCCUUCGCUCAAGUUGAUGCAUUGUUACAAUUGCUGCGUGUAGAAAGAGAAUGCAUUGCUGCUGCUGCAGCAACAGCAGCAGCAACAGCAGCAGCAGCAGCAGCAGGAGCAGCAGCAGGAGCAGCAGGAGCAGCAGGAGAGGCCCCUCCGUCCUCUCCCUGCGGUACUUCUGACGCUGCUGCUGGAUCCCCUACUGCUACAACAGCAGCAGGAGCAGCAGAUCAUCAUCAUCAUCAUCAUCAUCAGCAGCAGCAGCAGCAGCAGCAGCAGCAGAUAAGUGUAGAUGUACUGCGUCUCCUAUCAUGGAGACUAAGAAGAGAGAUUGCUGCUGCAGCACAACUUCCUGAUUGCGGCAAACGUAAACUAAAUCAUCGUAUUAAGGAGAUUGCUGCUGAGUUUGCUGCUGCUGCUGCUGCACUUACAGCACAGGGAUACAGCAGCAGCAAUAAUAGCAGCAGCAAUAGUAAUAUUAAUAACAAUAAUAACAACAACAAACACGAUGAAUCCUGUUGCAGCAGCAACAGCAACAGCAACAGCAACAGCAACAGCAGCAGCAGCAGCAAAGAUAUCAGUAAUGGCCAGCAGCAGCAAGAACAACAAGAUGAUACAGAUACUGCUACUGAUGCCUCUGCUGCUGCUGCUGCUGCUGCUGCAGCUGCUGCUAGUGAGGUACCCCCCAACUCGCCAGCAGCAGCAACAGCAGCAGCAGCAGCAGCUCCUCCUGCUGCUGCUGCUGCUGAGGGGGGGAGUCGCCCUAGGCGAGUCGCCGCGGGCUCAAGGAUGGCGGGGUUUGUUACUCUAUUAAAGAGAGGCGCAUCUGUUGAUCCUGCUGCUGUGCCUGGAGAGGAAGCGUUAGCUGCUGCAGCAGCAGCUGCUGCAGCAGCAGCAGCAGCAGCAGACUCUUCGCAUGCAAGUUCUCUUUUAUCAACAUCUACAGCAAAUGUACCUGGAGGCUUAGGGGCAGCAACAACACAGCAGCAGCAGCAGCUGCAGCAGCAGCAGCUGCGCGCCGUGGUUGCCUCAGAGCUGCUGCAGCAGGUCAUAGCAGAUGGUAGGGAAGGAGCUACUCCAGCAGCAGCAGCAGCAGCUGCUGCUGCUGCACCUCUUGAUUCGCUGCAGCGCGUGCUGCAGCAGCUGCCCCUAGGAGAAGCAGCAGCGAGGCUCGGCGUACACCGCAGCACAUUAGCGCGGUGGGCCCGCAUGUGGUCUCAGAAGCAGCCGCAGCAGCAGCAGCAGCAACAGCAGCAGCAGCAACAACAACAGCAGCAGCAACAACAACAACAGCAGCAGCAGCAGCAACACCAACAACAGCAGCAGCAGCGGAGUAGCGCAGCGGCCAUGACUACACAGACGGUCGCAAAUGCAGAUGCUGCUGCUGCAGAAGCAGCAGCAGCAACUGCAGAAUAG